UUUAACUCCUUUUCCUUCUUUUUUUCUUGCUUUCUUUAAUUUAUAUUUAUAAUUUUUUUUUUGAAUUUCUCUCUUGUUUAUUGUUGCUUUCACUUUAUUUGCAUUUCAUUUUGUCUUAAAGAAGAUAUGCUGGUAAAUAAGGGGACAGAGAAGUUGUGCAACUAUGAUUUUUGAUUUCCAACUAGUCCCUUUUUUAGCAUGUGUAUGGGAGUUGCAAAAAGAAAGCAAUUGCUUUGAGUAAAAGAAAAAAAUUCUAGUGAAUUAGGCAUGGAUUUUUUGGCGAUGUCCAAGAGAAGGAACAACGGUGCUAGGAAAUUGGUCUUGGCUGCUGGCAUUACUGCAAUUUGUCUCCUUAUAUUCAAAACAUCACCUGGUUUUAGUAGUUUCAUGAAGUUUGCUCAACGCGAACCUGGUGUAACUCAUGUCUUAGUUACUGGAGGAGCUGGCUUCAUAGGUUCUCAUGCUACCGUUCGACUCCUAAAGGAUUCAUACCGUGUAACUAUAGUGGACAACCUUUCGCGUGGAAACAUGGGCGCUGUAAAAGUUAUCCAGGAAUUGUUUCCUGAACCAGGGCGAGUUCAGUUUAUUUACGCAGAUUUAGGAGAUGCAGUAACUGUUAACAAGAUAUUUAAACGAAAUGUGUUUGAUGCUGUGAUGCAUUUUGCUGCUGUUGCAUAUGUUGGUGAAAGCACACAAGAGCCUCUUCGGUAUUAUCACAAUAUCACUUCAAAUACAUUGAUACUAGUUAAGGCAAUGGCAGCACAUGGUGUAAAGACACUGAUCUAUUCGAGUACCUGUGCAACAUAUGGAGAGCCUGAGAGAAUGCCUAUUACAGAAGAAACACCACAAGCACCGAUAAAUCCAUAUGGCAAAGCGAAGAAAAUGGCCGAAGAUAUCAUACUGGACUUCUCAAAAACUUCUGAUAUUGCUGUCAUGAUAUUAAGGUAUUUCAAUGUAAUUGGCUCAGACCCUGAAGGAAAAUUAGGUGAAGCUCCUCGACCAGAGUUGCGCGAGCAAGGCCGUAUAUCUGGUGCCUGUUUUGAUGCAGCCAGGGGAAUAAUUCCAGGGCUGAAGAUAAGAGGAGUAGAUUACAACACACCUGAUGGAACUUGUAUACGAGACUACAUCGAUGUGACUGACCUAAUCGACGCUCAUGUAAAAGCGUUGGAGCGCGCAAGGCCUAGAAAAGUUGGUAUCUACAAUGUUGGGACAGGAAAAGGUAGUUCAGUAAAACAAUUCGUCGAAGCUUGUAAAAGGGCUACAGGAGUGAACAUAAAGACUGAAUACCUCAGUCGACGACCAGGAGAUUAUGCUGAAGUCUACAGUGAUCCUUCUAAAAUUAGACGUGAACUGAAUUGGAUCGCGAGAUACACACUUGAAGAGAGCUUAGCAAUAGCAUGGAGAUGGCAGAAGGCACAUAGAAAUGGUUACAACUAAAGUAAAUAAGUUUUAAGAUUGAAUUCAUGAUUUUUUUUAUUUUUCUUGUCUGCAUAGGUAACAUAAUAGUUGUAGGAGUUGCAGUGGCUCGGAAAAUAUUGUAGUUUGAUAGUUUUCUAGAAGUUUCUUCUUAUUCAUCCAAAGUUUGACGGAUAGAGUUACUCAAUACAUGUACUGAACGGAGGUAGCAAGUACUCUAUGAACUUAGGUGCACAAGCUAGUCAAACGCGUUUGCAUUUUCUUGUGUAUUCAAUAGGCAUUCAGCAAUUCACAUGAUUUUGGAUACAUGUAAGGAAAUUUCCUUUCCAAAGUGAAUAGUAUUCUGAAGUGUAACA